AGCGCCAAGACAUUUCGCCAAGCAAUUUCGUUAAUUGUCUACUUGGAUGCAUGUACUCCUUGGUACCUCGUACUCAGCUUCUAAACUCGGGCUCUGAAUGGUCCGUGGUCGUAUAACUGCAGCUAACUGGAUAUUUGUCCGUUUGCGUGGAUAUCCUCCAUUAUAUCCUCAACUCUUCAGCUUCUCCCACCUCUCACAACGUCUACUACCGUCUACAUACCCCGUCUUCUUCUUCAAUUAACACUGUCGCUGCCAAUAAUAUCAGCGCUCGAAGAAUGAACUAUUGACGAUAAUGCCAUCCUAAGCUUUCUCCGACCCUCCCAGCUUUCUCAGCUCGCUUCAAUUCCCCCCCUCCCCCCCCCCCGACUGUCGCAAUGCCGCACUCAACAUCCCCUCCACUACAAUUACGGCGAGAGAGGUCCUUGAGCCACGCCACCGCACCGAAACCCGUUGCUGAGGCGCGUAUGUCGAUGGAGAAGUUCCCCGACAUGGACCCAUCGUUUCUCGGGGAGCAGGACGACCAAAUCCCUGAGCCGCCCAGAGCGAAUGGGGCGCUCAAUGGGGUAACACCAUCGCCCUUCGAACGGUGGCAGACACGCAGAGAGCCCAUACCGCCGAGCUGGACCGGCAAGGCCGCAUAUCAUCCUACGGGGAGAGUACACGGCAGACAGAAGAGCUUGACGGACGCGUUCAGAACCAUUCGCUCGAGGAAGGGCAGCGUUACUGCAAAUGCGCACGAGAUUGCGGGCGCUCUGAAGGCGCCGGUGUCACCAAAGCUCAUUACACUCUGCAUAGUUUGGUACCUCUCCUCUGCCCUGACGAACACCUCCUCAAAAACCAUCUUGAUGGCCUUCCCGAAACCCGCGACCCUCACACUCAUACAAUUCGGAUUCGUCUCGUCAUAUUGUCUCCUUUUCUCGGCGCUGGCCGAGAGCUUCCCCGCCAUGAAGAAUGCCAUCCCCGCUCUCCGGUUUGGCAUCAGACCCCCGACUCGCGACGUCAUCGUCACCACAUUGCCGCUCGCAUUCUUCCAAAUCGGCGGACAUCUCCUCUCCUCCUCAGCGACACAACGAAUCCCCGUCUCGCUCGUACAUACUAUCAAGGGCCUCUCACCCCUAUUUACCGUGUUUGCAUACCGCAUCGUCUUCGAUAUCCGCUACCCCCUUACCACAUACCUCUCUCUCAUCCCGCUCACCCUCGGUGUGAUGCUCGCGUGCUCUGCCUCGUUCAAGGGCAACUUCAUCGGCAUCCUCUACGCUUUUUUAGCGGCUAUAAUAUUUGUCACACAGAACAUAUUUUCGAAACGCCUCUUCAACGAGGCCGCCAAGGCCGAAGCAGACGGCCAACACCAGCAGUCGCGGCGGCUGGAUAAACUAAACCUACUAUGCUACUCGUCAGGAUUGGCGUUUCUCCUCACAGCCCCGCUAUGGCUGUUCUCCGAGGGAUUCUCCCUCAUCUCUGACUUCCUGCACGACGGGUCGCUCGACCUGGAAAAUACGUCGUCGCCGGCCGCUUUGGACCACGGUCGUCUCACGCUCGAGUUCAUCUUCAACGGCACCUUCCACUUCGGACAGAACAUUAUUGCCUUCGUGCUGCUGUCCAUGGUCUCGCCGGUGACCUACUCCGUCGCCUCGCUAAUCAAGCGUGUCUUCGUCGUCGUCAUCGCCAUUAUCUGGUUCCAGAACGCUACAACCCCCAUCCAAGGCUUCGGCAUCGCGCUCACCUUCUUCGGACUCUACCUGUACGACCGCACCGGACACAGCAACAAAGCUGACCGCAAAGCGCGACUACUGGAUAUCAAGGAGGAGGCACUACUGCCGAUCCGUGAGCUGAGCGGGGAUGUCGAGGCCGCCGCAGCGGUAGAGCCGCAGUCGGUGUCGAGCGCGAGUAAUCCGUAUGUGAACGGGUAUAACGGCCCACCGGAAGGGAACCGGCUACGCAGCGAUAGCGAGAGCGUGAGAGGGCGGCCUGGGGGAGCGGGGCCGCCGUGGAUUCCGCCUGUGACGAGGCCGGAGGACCGUUGGCCGAGGCAGGACGUGAAGGCCUCGUGAGGAUGGGCAUGGAUUAUGGUUUAUAUGAUGAGCAUGGGAGGGAUUUAUAGACGGCGUUCUUUGGAUCUGGAUCUGGGCGUGCUGCACUGUACUGUACUGUACUGUACGUACAUAGAGGGUAUGAGUGGAGCAGGGGCAGGAGUAGGGCAGGGGAGGAGGGGAGGGAUGGACGAGGGGACUGCCUGCCUGUCUGGUCUGUGUAAACUAUAUUUGAAGGGGUGACGGCGUGCUGGGGGGAUAGGGUACUUUAUCUUUAUAUAUGGUUCACAUUGUGAUGUGUUCUGUAUCGAUCACAUAUAUAUUGAGAAUAUAGAUUGAUGUAUACUUCAGCUUGAUAAAUAAACUUGCGUGCGGGG